GAAUCCUUGAAACCUGGUGGUAUGGUCAAUAAUUUUGUUAUGGCUGCUUUUUGCUAUUAUUUGUUCAAUCAGGCGUCUGGUCAUCCUGAUCUUUCCAAGUGCCACUACUUCUUUUCUAAUAUUGCUGAUCAUCUCCUUAAGGAUGCAGAUGUUGCUAGUGAAGAGAUUUUGAAUCGAGCUUUGACUAGAUCUAGCAAGAAUAGGCCUCUUUAUUGUUCUGAUCUGCUUUUUUUCCCAUGUUUUCAUGAUGAGCACUGGUUUGUAUUUGUGGUUGAUAUAAAAGAUCGUUCUUUUGUGUUCUUGGAUUCAUAUUAUGCAUUACAUGAUGAGUACCAGGCAGAUGUGAGAGAUCGAAUGAUCCCUAACUUCAAGCAUUGGUGGAAGCGUUGUGGUUUGGUUGACAUGGGUUUCAACAACUAUAAGUUGCAUUAUCCAUAUGUCCCUAGGCAAUCUGCUACGAAUUAUACUGAUUCUGGAGUUUAUGUGAUGAUGUUCCUGGAGCAUUGGAAAUCUCCUCGCAAUUCUUUGUUUACUCUAUUCAAAGAAUCAGAUAUUCCUAAUCUGAGGAUAAAGUUUGCAAAUGAUCUUCUCCUUUCACCGAAGAACUCUGGUCGUAAGGAUCUUGUUACCAACUUUGAGUUUGCUGACAAUGAAGAAAGCUAGACAUCAUCCACUUUUUCUCAGAUACCAAAUAAUGCUGUUGUGGUCCGCAGAUGUUUAAUAGAUGUUCAUAUAGCUCAGACAUUACAUCUCGUUCAUAUCAAUCUGUGUGUAAUAGGGUAGAACAUAAAUACAGUGCUUGAUGAACUAUAUUAGCCAAGUAUCUCUAGUACAUUUGUAUAUAAUGUGAAACUUUUGUCUUCAGUGAUGGU